GCAGUUUAACUAUGAGUUUAACUAGUGAGAAAUCAGAUCCCGAAGUUGCCUUAUGUUAAAGGAGUGAUGGGUAUAUCGUCGGUUUGAAACCCGAUAUUCUGACACUAUAUUCUUUUAAACCGUAACACCCGGAGAGUAAGCGACUUCAUUAACCGUAGCAAGGCGGGCGAGGUAUUUUUUCUGACGACUUUAUGCUCUUGUACUUUUUUGAAGGCCUGGGGGAAAACAUAACAUUAAGCUAACGAUAGGUAGCCACCAUGUCGUGGGAAGAAAUGCCUUGUUUUCUGGCCUCGGCUCCGUGCUCGCCUCUACGCCGUUCUCAUGCUCUCUGAUUCCCUUUGACAACAAACAAGCAGAGGUAACUUCGCAUUCAGCUGUCAAUGCAGCUAGCUAACUGUUAGCAUUAUUAUUUAGUCAACACCAACGGUUUUACUCUAGCUUGUUAGCUUGCGAGCCAUGGCGGACAGCUUUGGUGAGCACUCCGGCGGCGGAGCCCUUGGCUUAGGCGUAACCGGACAGGGCAAUGGAUCUUCUUUGCUGCCUACUUUGGCCAAUUCUCUGCCGGGGGGACACUCGGCAGCCAGCGGUGCUCACUCCAGCUUUAACCCGGCCUCCCUUCCUCCCGCAGCAGUCGCACAGAGUGGCCUAACCGCUCUGGUGGGCCCUAUGUCCACUGUCACUGCUACCCCAGCAGCUUUUGGAAAUACAUUCACCCCCGGCUCCUUGCCGCAGGUUGUGGCCAUGUCUCCGACCCUACACGCCUCCUCGCCUCUCUCCGGUGUUGGGCUAGGGGUCGGUGGGGUGGCAGGAGCGGGCCUUCUGUCCCAAAUCCACGCCACUUCCUGGGAUCCGACCCUCAGUACGGAUUGGGACAACGAGAAGGCUUCCCAGCAGUGCAUUCUGAGGAUAAAGAGGGAUAUCAUGUCCAUCUACAAGGAACCUCCACCAGGGAUGUUUGUCGUGCCUGAUCCUCAAGACAUGACCAAGAUCCAUGCCCUGAUCACAGGACCGUUUGACACACCUUACGAAGGCGGCUUUUUCCUCUUCUUGUUCCGCUGCCCUCCCGACUACCCCAUCCACCCACCACGGGUCAAGCUCAUAACCACCGGACACAACACUGUCCGCUUCAACCCCAACUUUUACCGCAAUGGCAAGGUCUGCCUCAGCAUCCUGGGGACAUGGACAGGCCCGGCGUGGAGCCCAGCCCAGAGUAUCUCAUCUGUCCUCAUCUCCAUCCAGUCUCUGAUGACAGAGAACCCCUAUCACAAUGAGCCUGGCUUUGAACAGGAGCGCCACCCAGGGGACAGUAAGAACUACAACGAGUGCAUCCGCCAUGAAACCAUGAGGGUGGCUGUGUGCGACAUGCUGGAGGGCAAAGUCCCUUGUCCUGAAGCUCUGUGGAGUGUGAUGGAAAAGUCCUUCCUAGAAUACUAUGAUUUCUACGAGGGAGUGUGCAAAGAGAGACUGCAUCUACAGGGACAGAACAUGCAGGACCCCUUUGGCGAGAAGCGUGGUCGUUUUGACUACCAGGGGCUGCUGGGUCGCCUCAGCGCCACCCACAGGCGAAUACGUGAGAAAAGCGUGGCGGAGGACAACCACAACGACGACCAUUCAGACUCAGACACCAGCUCCUCAGGGACGGACCCUGACAGCCAGGGCAGCUCCCAGCCCUGACUCCCUGCACACUGCUUGACUCAAAGCCAGGCCAAGAAUUAAAGACAAAGGGACCUUUUUUUUGUUACGUUUGCACUGGAGGAGCAAAAUCACAGAAGAGAGUGCUACGCCCACGUCAAGGUUUGGUGAGUCCAGGGUUCAGGGUUUGAAUCAAGCUUCUGUUGUAUGGGUGUUUCUAAAUGAAAAUAAUUGGUAGUGCCCUCUUGGUGGUGAAAAAUGAACACCACUAGUCAAGUGCUGGCAAAUCUGGCCUGGAGCAGUGUUUGUGCUACUUUAGUAGCUCAAUAGCUGUCAUUUGGAUGUUCCUGAUCCAUUCUAAAAAUUGUUGGCUGCCUAGAAGCCUGAUAGAUGCUGAGAUUAACCAGCCAUUGUUGCUUGUGGAUA